UUAUGUUGUGAAAGUUUUUAUAGGAGUAAGAAUCUUAAGCAAGAAGUAACGGAACCGGGCAGUACCAGACCGGUGGGUUUUAAGAAAGUCGUUUUGGAUUAAGAUGUUGGCAGCGGUUAAAAAGAAAUUAGUCAAAGUAACUUUUGGGGCGAAAACAAGAGAUUUUUACAAUAAAGUUAACUCACAGCAGUAAAGUUAGCUGUGAGUCAAGAUUUCUAAAAUAAGGCCAAGUAACGGGGACGUUUUGCAUCGUAUUGUCGCUUAUGAAACAAUUUGAAGUUAAUUUGAGGCGGAAUAACAUCAAGGACAGGCAUGAAUUUCGGCGUCCCCGCUCAUUCUCUGCUUCUCUUUCGUGCCUGUGAUGAUGGGGACUAUGAAACGGCUCGGAGUAUCCUGGAACCCGGAGCCUCCAAGGAGUCCGGGCGGCAGAGCAGGCUGCGGUCGGAAGCGGGGUCGGAGUGUGCCGCUGCGGACAUGUUGUCUCUGGUACCGGUGGACUGCACGGACGAGGAGGGGAACACCGCCCUGCAGUUCGCGGCGGCCAGCGGCCACGAAAACCUAGUCCGGUUCUUGCUGCGGAAGGGCGCUUCAGUGGACAGCCGCAACAACUACGGCUGGACGCCGCUGAUGCAGGCGGCGAGGUUUGGUCACCUGCCUGUGGCCCACAUUCUGCUGGAAAACGGGGCAGAGAUCAACGGGCGGAACCGGCUGGGAGCCAGUGUUCUGACCAUGGCGGCCCGCGGGGGCCACGUUCAUGUGGUCAAACUGCUCCUGGAAAGCGGCGCCUUCGUUGAUGACUAUGAUCACCUCGCUCCUGUGGCAGACGAAGCCUCCAACGGCAACAACAACAACAGCACGGUGAGCUUCGGAGCUGGGGAGGGCUGUCCUGGAGGUGGCAGAGAGUUCAUGGACAUCACAGCGCUGAUGGUGGCGUCGCAGCACGGCCACGAAGCCACUGUGCAUUUGCUGCUAGAAUUUGGCUCUGAUGUCAACUUUUCCCAGAAGGCAACGGGCUGGGGGCCACUGAUGUUAGCCACGUUGAGUGGAAAGGUGGCUGUGGCUCAGCAGCUGGUGGAGCACGGAGCCGACCCGGACCGGAUCAACGUUCUGUCCAAGACUGCCUUUGAGCUCGCCAUGCAGUUAAAACAGAGGGACAUCAAGGCCUAUCUGGACUCCAUCACCACUGUCAGACCUCAGACAGACGACUUGCGGAGGAGACCCGAUGUGUUCAACGCUCUCAAGCUGGGAAACUCCCAGCUUGUGAAAGAGAUCCUGGAGGAGGACCCGGCUCAGGUGAACUCCUCUAACCAGGAGGGAGCGACGCCGCUCAUGAUAGCUGCAGUGAGCGGUCAGCUGGAGGUGGUGCAGCUGAUGGUGGAGAAGAACGCUGACAUAGACAAACAGGACGGCGUUCAUGGGUGGACCGCCUUAAUGCAGGCCACCUACCACGGCAACAAAGAGGUGGUGAAGUACCUGCUGAGUCAAGGCGCUGACGUCAACCUUCGAGCCAAGAAUGGAUACACAGCCUUUGAUCUGGUUAUGCUGCUCAAUGAUCCGGACACUGAGCUGGUCCGCCUCCUAGCGUCGGUGUGCAUGCAGGUUGACAAGGACAAGUCGAAGCAGCGCGGUAAGGCGCUCAUUGCGAUCUCUAAAAGCAGACAGCCUUUUGCCUCCAUCCCUGCGCCCCCUGAUGACAAGGGGGGCCUUAAGUCCUGGUGGAGCAGGAUGUCCAAUCGCUUCCGGCGGCUGAAGCUGACUCACACUUUGAGGAGCGGCCUUUCUGGCGGCCGCCUGGCUCUGUUCGCCGAUGACGCAGAGGCUGCGUUGGAUGCCACCAUGAAGGCGGAUGCAAAGGCUGCGGCUGGCUCUAACGGUGUGGUGACGCCUCCUUCUCCGCUGGGAGCAAACGAGGCCGGCGGCGUCUGGGCUGUCAAGACCAAAGAUGCUCCUCAUUGCAGAGCAUCUUCAGAAAAGGAAGACCCUCUAAUAACCACAAUGCUCAGAAGCGGUGCGCCACUAACCCGACUGCCGAAUGACAAACUGAAAGCCGUCAUUCCUCCUUUUCUGCCUCCGUCCAACUUUGAACCGUGGAACUCGGACCGCCCGCGCCUUCUUAGAGAGGGGAAGAGCGAAGCGCCUCGCCUGCCCAUGCCGCCGCAGAGGAAACUCACCAGCAGCGGGAACUCUGACAUUACAUCCAUCAGUCGUGUGGUGAACAGGUCUUUUAAGUUUCCCAGCAUCUCCAAAGGUCCCUCCUCCUCUUCUCCCUCCAACUCUGGUCACUACCACUCCCCCCACUCCUCUGGAGGCUCUAAUGGAGUCGCGGGGCUCAACCGGGACUCUCACAACCGCUCAGGGGGCAGCGCAGACAAUGUUCUGUCCCAGAUAGCAGCUCAGCGCAAAAAAGCAGCAGGCCUGAUGGAGGGGAAGACCCAAACUGCAGAGAAACAGCCCAGUCAGAGCCAACCUCCUCCACCCACCUCCGUCCCUGACAUCAGCCUGCCCGACAUCCCCGCAAACCCCAGCCUGGUUGCUUCUGACAUCCACUCCCGGAGGAAGAUGGAUCUGAAAAAGAGACCUCAGUCUGGAAAUUCCUCAACUUCUAAGAGCACAUCGCCCACUUUGACGCCGUGUCCCUCCCCGACCCCCAAGAUUCACGCCGGCCCGGGGGACUCGCUGUCCUCAACCUCCUCCCACCCACGCUCCAAGAGCAGCGGCGGCUCGAGCAGUGGAACCAUCACAGACGAAGAUGAACUGUCCAGUAUUUUAAAGAAACUGUCCCUAGAGAAAUAUCAGCCUAUUUUUGAGGAGCAAGAGGUCGACAUGGAGGCGUUUCUGACUCUAACAGACGGGGACCUGAAGGAGCUCGGCAUCAAAACAGACGGUCCCAGACAACAGAUCCUAGCAGCUAUAUCAGAGCUCAACGCUGGAAAGGGCAGAGAAAGGCAGAUUCUUCAAGAAACGAUCCACAACUUCCAGUCCUCCUUUGGUAGCAGCGCUAGCAACCCCAGGAAGCCAGGACAACCCCGCUCACCGACAACCUGGAUGAGACAGCAGGUGGGCUCCUCCAGCAAGAGGUGACCUGGCAAGGGAAGUUCAGCAAAGGUACCACAAGAAAGAGGAUUCCUUCCAAAGACUCUGACUGAGGGAAGAUGGGAGACUGAGCUGUCAAAUGUUGGCACCCUGAUCCCUCCACUAUGUCGUGAGGCAAACUACGUUUGUGUCAUAUGAAGGGAGCCGUCACAUGUAAUGCCAAGCGCUGGGAGUGUGAGGUGUUGACAGGCCUCCUCCUGGGAGAAGAGACUGAGAUUUUCUGUCAACAAGCUGCAUCCGAUUUCACAUAAAAAACAGAUUUUGUUAAUAAUCUUAUGUAAAGUCAUAUUCUGUCCUAUACUUUUGAUCCAUUGUAAAAAAAUCUUUCCAGUGGUCUUUUAAUUAUGAUUAUUCUGUUUUGAACCCAAAUAAAAGAAAAUCUGUGUUGUUUUCUAGGACAUAGUUUCUGCAGAGCGGUAGUAGUUCAUUAGACAUUGAUCACAGAUGACGUAAAUUAUUGAGAAAUGUUAUUAAAUGGCGAUUAGAACA